GGCGCAACCGCCGACACCGGCAGUCGUGUGAGCGUGCAUUACCAAGGCCGCCUGGCCGACGGAACAGUCUUCGAUUCCUCACGGCGAGAAGAUGGGAGUGUGUCGCCCUUCUCCUACACCGUUGGUGCGGGUCAGGGCAUCCGGGGAUGGGAGCAGGGAAUUGCCGGCAUGCAGGUUGGCGAGGUCCGCCGCCUGACGAUCCCUCCAGCCCUUGGCUACGGGGAGAAGGGUGCCGGCAAUGUCCCGCCGAACGCCACACUCAUCUACGACGUAGAACUUGUACGAAUA